AUGGCGGAUCUUUCCGCAGAUCCCGCUCGUCUCCGCGCCCGUCCUCUCGCCACGAUAGUCGUCUCCACGGCGCUACUGCUACUGCUACUGCUGGCGGGAGGCGAGGGGCCGCGAGUGGCAGCAGCACAGGACGUGCUCGUUGCUAGCCAGCACGUGCCGCUGAUGAUGGAGGUGCGGCGGCAGUGGGCGCGCUUCGUGGACCUGUCGUCGUGGGACGCGCGCAAGCCGUGCUCCAAGUGGGCUUUCGUCACCUGCAACAAGCGCACGGGGGAGGUCCGGCGCAUCGACGUGGCGAAGAAGGGCAUUGAGGGCCCGCUGCCGUCCGUACUAGGCAACAUCUCCACGCUCUUCCAGUUCUUCGCCAACGACAAUGGGAUCACGGGGCCCAUCCCCGAGUCCUUCGGUCAGCUCACCCAGCUGCAGCAGAUUGUGCUGCGCAACAAUCGCAUCACAGGCCCUCUGCCUCGGAGCAUGGGCAAGCUCUCCUCUCUAUGGGAAAUGCAGCUGCAGAGCAAUCAGAUCAGGGACGUCAUUCCCACGACAUGGAAGGGCAUGACCGGCCUCGGUAACUUCUACAUAGCGGACAACCAGAUUCAGGGCCCGCUGCCCACGGAGCUCUGCCAGAUGACGUCCCUGCAGCGCAUUCGAUUCGGCAACAACCAGAUCACGGGUCCCAUCCCAUCAUGCAUCGGCAACCUCAAAGACAUGGUCAACUUCUACAUGGACAACAACCGCAUGACAGGGGUCAUCCCAGCGUCCAUUGGCAACUUCACCAAGGCCGUCAACUUUUUCAUCAACGGCAACUUCAUUGACGGGCCCAUCCCCAGCACCGUGGGCAGCAUGACCAGCCUUGACACCCUGUUUCUGUCGGGCAACUGGAUCAAGGGCCCCCUGCCGUCCACCAUUGGCAACCUCAAGAACCUCAAGCAUUUCAUCAUGGAGUUCAACAACAUUUCCGGUCCCAUCCCAAGCACCAUCGGGGACAUGGUCAAGUGUGAGAGAAUUCUGUUGGACAACAACUAUCUCACGGGAGUCAUCCCACCCACCAUCAGCAAGCUCACCAACCUCGUUUGGCUCUUCCUCCAGGGCAACUUCCUGGAGGGCGAGGUGCCUGUGGGAAUCACCAAGCUGCCCAAACUCUUCUACUUCAACCUGGCGAGCAACCGGCUGUCAGGCACAGCAAACUGGGACUUCACGAACGCGGCCAUCAAGGGUGGGGAGGUCAACGUGCGCUCCAACUACUUCUACGGCACGCCCUCCUUCACCGCCGCCGGCAAGCCCUUCUGCCCCAUCACCAAGACCUCCAAAAUGAACGGCCUGGAUCAGAUCUUCCUCUCGUCCUCCAAGUUCAACUGCUUCACCUUCCCUCCCAAGUACCCCUGCCCCGGGUUCAAUGAGCCAGGGUACAGCAGUCCAGCAGUCUGCAAGGGCUUCUGUGGGGCGAGUUCCCCGCAGGGCACAUGCAACGGGCUGGGGUAUUGCAGCAAGACGAGCUCGGUGGUGGGCAGGUGGGGGUGUGUGUGUGAUGCUGGGGCUACAUUGGCACCGAACGGCACGUGGUGCUUGCCGGGCAAGGGCAGCACGUAUGGCAAGAAGUCCAUGACGUUUCUGAGAGGCUGA